CCUGCGUCCGCCCGGCCCGCCCGGUUCUGCGCGGCGUCAGGCUGAACCUGAGCCCCGGCGGGCGCGCCUCGGAGCGAGCGCGGGAGGGACAUGGGGCGCGGCGGCCAGCCCGGGCCCCGCAGGCUCUGGAGCCCCGAGGGCUCCCCACCAGGCCCCCGCAGCGCCCCCUUCUUCUCAUCUGGGUCACGGGUCCCUCGGUGAGCGAGAGCCUCCCCAGCCGCCUCCCCGGCCAUGGCCAACGGAGCGAUCCCGCCGCCCGGGGGCGCCUCCCCCCUGCCCCAGGUCCGGGUGCCCUUGGAGGAGCCCCCUCUAGGUCCCGACAUGGAGGAGGAGGACGAUGACUUGGGCAAGACCUUGGCAGUGAGCAGGUUUGGGGACCUCAUCAGCAAGCCCCCGGCCUGGGACCCCGAGAAGCCCAGCCGCAGCUACAGCGAGCGGGACUUUGAGUUUCACCGGCACACCUCCCACCACACCCACCACCCGCUCUCGGCACGCCUGCCUCCGCCCCACAAGCUGCGGCGACCGCCCCCCACCUCCGCCCGCCACACCCGCAGGAAGAGGAAGAAGGAGAAAACCUCUGCUCCCCCCUCUGAAGGGACCCCUCCCAUCCAGGAGGAGGGGGGAGCUGGAGUGGAGGAGGAGGAGGAGGAGGAGGAGGAGGAAGAAGAGGAGGAGGAAGGGGAAUUUGAAACAGAACCUGUGGAGCCCCCACCCUCGGGGUCCCCACAGAAAGCAAAGGGGCCCAGGGGGCGUCCUGUGUGUCCACAGUUCUCCAUUGGAAGUGACGAGGAUGACAGCCCAGGCCUCCGGGGCAGGGCUGCCCCCACCAAACCCCUGCCUGAGGGGGGCCCACGCUCCGACAGGAGCCCCCCGUGCUCGGUCAGCUCCCCUAGCCCCCGGGCCCAGGUCUCCCGAGUCACUGGGGAGAAGAGCCGGCCCUGGAGCCCCUCAGCCAGUUACGACCUGCGGGAGCGGCUGUGCCCGGGCAGUGCCCUGGGCAACCCUGGGGGCCCGGAGCAGCAGGUGCCCACUGACGAGGCGGAGGCCCAGAUGCUGGGCUCUGCGGACCUGGACGACAUGAAGAGUCACCGGCUGGAGGACAACCCUGGGGUGCGGCGGCACCUCGUGAAGAAGCCGUCUCGGACCCAGGGCGGGAAGGGCAGCCCCGGCGGCCUGGCCCCCAUCCUGCGCCGGAAGAAGAAAAAGAAGACACCGGAUCGGCGGCCUCACGAGGUGUUUGUGGAGCUGAACGAGCUGAUGCUGGACCACGGCCAGGAGCCCCACUGGCGGGAGACGGCCCGCUGGAUCAAGUUCGAGGAGGACGUGGAGGAAGAGACGGAGCGCUGGGGGAAGCCCCAUGUGGCCUCGCUCUCCUUCCGGAGCCUUCUGGAGCUCAGGAGGACCAUCGCCCAUGGCGCUGCCUUGCUGGACCUGGAGCAAACCACCCUGCCGGGCAUCGCACACCUCCUGGUGGAGACCAUGAUCAUGUCCGACCAGAUCCGGCCAGAGGACAGGGCCAGUGUCCUGCGUACCCUGCUGCUGAAACACAGCCAUCCCAACGAUGACAAGGACAGUGGCUUCUUCCCCCGAAACCCGUCGAGCUCCAGUAUGAACUCGGUCCUGGGGAACCAUCACCCAACCCCCAGCCACGGCCCAGAUGGGGCGGUUCCUCCCAUGGCCGACGACCUGGGGGAGCCGGCCCCGCUCUGGCCUCACGACCCCGAUGCCAAGGAGAAGCCCCUCCACAUGCCUGGGGGAGAUGGUCACCGGGGGAAAAGCAUGAAGCUGCUGGAGAAGAUCCCUGAAGAUGCUGAGGCCACUGUCGUGCUCGUGGGCUGUGUGCCUUUUCUGGAGCAGCCAGCGGCAGCCUUUGUGCGGCUGAGCGAGGCUGUGCUCUUGGAGUCUGUGCUGGAGGUCCCCGUGCCCGUCCGCUUCAUCUUCGUGAUGCUGGGGCCCAGCCACACCAGCAGCGACUACCACGAGCUCGGGCGCUCCAUUGCCACCCUCAUGUCUGACAAGCUGUUUCACGAGGCCGCCUACCAGGCCGACGACCGGCAGGACCUGCUGAGCGCCAUCAGCGAGUUCCUGGACGGCAGCAUCGUGAUCCCGCCGUCCGAGGUGGAGGGCCGCGACCUGCUGCGCUCCGUGGCGGCCUUCCAGCGCGAGCUGCUGCGGAAGCGGCGGGAGCGGGAGCAGACCAAAGUGGAGAUGACCGCUCGGGGGGACUACGUGGCUCCUGGGAAAGAACUGUCUGUAGAGUUGGGGGGCUCUGAGAUGGCCCCUGAAGAUGACCCCCUGAGGCGGACUGGCUCGGUGUUUGGGGGGCUUGUCCGGGAUGUGAAGCGCCGGUACCCCCACUACCCCAGCGACCUGCGGGACGCCCUGCACUCGCAGUGCGUGGCGGCCGUGCUCUUCAUCUACUUUGCUGCCCUCAGCCCUGCCAUCACCUUCGGGGGGCUGCUAGGAGAGAAGACGGAGGGGCUGAUGGGUGUGUCCGAGCUGAUCGUGUCCACGGCUGUGCUGGGCGUCCUCUUCUCGCUGCUGGGGGCUCAGCCGCUGCUGGUGGUCGGCUUCUCUGGACCCCUGCUCGUCUUCGAAGAAGCCUUCUUCAAGUUCUGCCAAGCCCAGGACCUGGAGUACCUCACCGGCCGGGUCUGGGUUGGCCUCUGGCUGGUGGUCUUCGUCCUUGCCCUGGUGGCCGCCGAGGGCAGCUUCCUGGUCCGCUACAUCACGCCGUUCACCCAGGAGAUCUUCGCCUUCCUCAUCUCUCUCAUCUUCAUCUACGAGACCUUCCACAAGCUCUACAAGGUGUUCACUGAGCAUCCGCUGCUGCCCUUCUACCCCCCGGAGGGGACGUCGGAGGCUGGUCUGGACCUGAAUGGGAGCACCCUGUCCCCCACCGAGGGGCCAUCGGGCCCGAGGAACCAGCCCAACACGGCGCUGCUCUCCGUCAUCCUCAUGCUCGGAACCUUCCUCAUUGCCUUCUUCCUGCGCAAGUUCCGGAACAGCCGCUUCCUGGGUGGUAAGGCUCGCCGGGUCAUUGGGGAUUUCGGCAUCCCCAUCUCCAUUCUGGUGAUGGUCCUGGUGGAUUAUUCUAUCACGGACACCUACACGCAGAAGCUGACGGUGCCCACGGGGCUCUCGGUGACGUCCCCCCACAAGCGCACGUGGUUCAUCCCGCCCCUCGGCAGUGCGCGUCCCUUCCCGCCCUGGAUGAUGGUGGCAGCGGCCGUGCCCGCCCUCCUGGUCCUCAUCCUGAUCUUCAUGGAGACACAGAUCACGGCGCUCAUCGUCAGCCAGAAGGCGCGGAGGCUGCUCAAAGGCUCCGGCUUCCACCUGGACCUGCUUCUCAUUGGCUCCCUGGGUGGGCUCUGCGGGCUCUUUGGGCUGCCCUGGCUCACGGCGGCCACCGUCCGCUCGGUCACCCACGUCAACGCGCUCACUGUCAUGCGCACGGCCAUCGCCCCCGGCGACAAGCCCCAGAUCCAGGAGGUGCGGGAGCAGCGGGUCACCGGGGUGCUCAUAGCCAGCCUCGUGGGCCUGUCCAUCGUCAUGGGUGCUGUGCUGCGCCGCAUCCCAUUGGCUGUGCUCUUUGGGAUCUUCCUGUACAUGGGGGUCACGUCGCUGUCCGGGAUCCAGCUGUCCCAGCGUCUGCUGCUCAUCCUCAUGCCAGCGAAACACCACCCUGAGCAGCCCUACGUGACCAAGGUGAAGACUUGGCGGAUGCACCUGUUCACCUGCAUCCAGCUGGGCUGCAUCGCCCUGCUCUGGGUGGUCAAGUCCACGGCAGCCUCACUGGCCUUUCCCUUCCUGCUGCUGCUCACUGUGCCCCUGCGGCGUUGCCUUCUGCCUCGACUCUUCCAGGACAGGGAGCUGCAGGCGCUGGAUUCGGAAGAUGCAGAACCAAACUUCGAUGAGGAUGGCCAGGACGAGUACAACGAGCUGCACAUGCCCGUGUGAUCCUCACGAGAGUACCCCUUAGAGACCCCGACCCCUUAGCCAUCUGACCCCUGGGCCCCAGUCAGAGCCCAGCCCAGGUCCAGGGGCUCCUCAUGACCCAGAGAUGUGCCUGGAACCACUAGGGACGCCUCGGCCAGAGUGGCCUCCCUGACCUGCGGCUGGACGCUGAGCUCGUCUCACCCUGGCCGUCUCCCGGGCCAGACCGCCACAGGCUUUGAGCUCAUUACAGCCACACCUCUUGUCUUGUGUCUGCUUCA